UUUUUGCCAAUCAUCUUCUGCUGAAAGCAGAAAAACCUCACCUAGAUUUUGUGGAUUUUGGGCUAAAAAAAAAAAAACUUCCGUCUUUUAGCCUGAGCGUUUCGGAGGAUUAUUCAGAGGACAAACAUCCAGGAGCUACAACAUUGACUUCAACAAAUCAACUGUUUAUUAUUUUUAAACACAACAGUUUGCAGACGUGGUUUGGGCUUGAACUGAGCGCGCUCAGGAGUGAAUGAACCCCCGCCCAUCCUCACAUUGCCACGACAACGAUGACAAUGGAAGAGAUUAAGAACGAAGCAGAGACGGCCCCAAUGGUUUCCAUGUCACUCUACGCCGUGAUGUAUCCUGUGUUCAACGAGUUGGAGAGAGUGAAUCUGUCCGCAGCACAAACCCUAAGAGCUGCUUUCAUAAAGGCGGAGAAGGAGAACCCGGGUCUCACACAGGAGAUCAUCGUGAAGAUCUUGGAGAAGAAAAACGUCGAGAUCAACUUCUCCGAGUCUUUGUUACGCAUGGCUGCAGACGACGUCAAAGAGUACAUGAUUGACAGGCCGGAGCGAGAGUUUCAGGAGCUGAACGAGAGGGCUCGAGCGCUGAAACAGAUCCUCAGCAAAAUUCCGGACGAGAUUAACGACAGAGUGCGCUUCCUGCAGACUAUUAAAGACAUAGCAAGUGCCAUUAAAGAGCUGCUGGAUACAGUCAACAACGUCUUCAAGAAAUACCAGUAUCAGAACCGAAGGGCGCUGGAGCACCAGAAGAAAGAGUUUGUGAAAUACUCUAAAAGCUUCAGCGACACUCUGAAAACGUACUUCAAAGAUGGAAAGGCAAUAAACGUGUUUAUCAGUGCCAACCGACUCAUCCACCAAACCAACCUGAUCCUCCAGACCUUCAAGACCGUUGCAUAGGAGAUUGAUUCUGCCUUCAUUUAUUAUUUUUUUUAAAAACUACGAUAUAACCUUCAAAUGAACAUGGAAAAAUGUUGGGGACUGUAUAAUUUAUUAAUCUCAUGGGCCAAUUACUUUUGGGAUAUUCAUUCCUUUCUUCUUGUCUGAUUUCUAAUUUCCUUUAAUAGCUGGGGUAAAAGCCAAGAAUUUUUCAUACCAUUUUUUCCCCUUCCUCUUUCUUUUUCUCCCACCAUCCUUCAUCCAAGUCUCUCUUCCCUUUUUUUUUUUUUUUUUUUUUUUAACAGAAAUGGUUCCAGACAUUAGUGAAAAAGGACAUCUGAAGUUCUUUCUCUAAAUGCUGGACUUUUUCCUGUACUGUUUAAUACUCUAGGAGAAGGAGAACAGGCAGAUGGGAGAUUGUAUAUUUAAUAAAUAUUUGGUAGCAGAGAUAUUCAAAUAAAUAGACUGCAUCUUGUCUACUA